UGGUUGUGAGCCACCAUGUGGUUGCUGGGAAUUGAACUCAGGACCUUUGGAAGAGCAGGCAAUGCUCUUAACCUCUGAGCCAUCUCUUCAGCCCCCUGCCAAUUUAAAUUUACCUAACUUCCACACCUUACUAAACUUUCAUUCGUUGGGUCUGAGUUCAAUAUUGAAUAAGUAAAAUACUUCCAAGAUUCACGAUCCUUUGUAUUUUAACCAAAAACCAGGAGAUCUCAAAAUGAGUUUCCCAGUGAGUUUAUGUUGCUGUGGGAUUCCACCAUGCAGUGGUGAGCACUGUAGAUGUUUGAGUUUACAUACUGUACUUUAUAGUAGUUUCAGAAAUUGAAGUUUGGACAAAGUGAGCGAUUUGCUUCUAGAAAAAUUAAAGCUCAGGUUUCCUAGUUUUUAUCUUAUGUUACAGGUAAUGCAUUUCUUCCCAUGGCUUUGUUCAUGUGUUGAUAUAAUAGUUUUUAUAAUUGGAUAUGGAAUUUAUAAGGAAAUCUUGUUAAAAAGAUUUUAGCCAGUAAUAAGUUGGGUCAUAAGACUUGUGUUUUUAGAUUAAUGUCUAUGCAUAUUAUCACCCAUUUUUGCUCUAAAAUGUUACAUUUUUCCCUCCACCUUCCUUCUGACCAUAUUACGUUCACCUGGCACUGUGGGUUCUCUCCUAAAUAUACUCCAAGGCCUAAGUGCUAAAGCUUGAUUGCCUGGAAUCAAUUGAUUGGAAGGUGGGGCCCUUAGGAAGUGAGGCCUAGUGGAAGGGAGGUAAGCAUGCCUCCCUCCCUCAUCUUAUAUCAAAGUGAGCAGCCCCUCCGUCUAUGUCCCUGCCAUGAUGUAUUGUACUGCCAGAGGCCAACAGGUCAAGGUUUCCUUCUUUAAUUAGUAUUACAAUCUUAAACAGCCUAGUGGUGUAUAGGCUCUGGGGUGUCCUUGGGUGCUUUCUUUAUUUAGCUAACACAAAUUAUCUUUUUAGGAAGGUUAGAACUUUAUUAGAUUACCCAUGAUAAGGCAGAACAAAGCUGUCAGAACAGAAAUGGAACCUGAAUUUACCCUGAUGAGAAAGGCCUGUGUCAUGGAGUCUGCCCAUCAGGUGGCAUGAGGUUGACCAUACUCUGACUUACUUCCUGGAUAAAGCAUUCUCACAUUUGAGUGAAUUUAAGAACUGGAAUGGGUCUGAAAGAGCCCAAGUCACAUUCUUGUCAGAUUUAAGGCACUAAGAUAUAGACCGUAAUGAAUGGCCUUUUACACUAUCGAGGACUAAACCUGCUUUUCUGGUGCCCAAUCCAUUUGAUUGCUUUGUGUGGAGUUCUGCUGUGUGAAACUCCCAAUUUUAGUUGUUAAUUAAGAUUUCCAGUUCCCCGAGUAUCUCUUCAUAUAUGCUAGCAUCAAGUCGAUCAUUUACUAAAAAUUACUCAAAUCCUUAUUUUCUCUGAAGAAUACCAGAAGUUCUUAAAAUUUGAUUUUAGCUCUGCAACUGAAUCUCAGAGUUAUUUUUAAUGAUCUUUGUAGUCUUUUUCUGCAAAGACCAGACGUGGCCUUGGGAUACUUUUCAGUAACUAUUUUUAGCAGGUUGGUCUGGGCACUCAAACCUAAGGGCCAGCACACAUACUAUGUAAGUGACCCUCCACUGCACUGCACCCAAGCUUAAACAACUCACCUUUAGACAAACUGGUAACCAUUUAUUGGAAUUAGUAUCCAAGAUGAGGUUGUUUCUUCAUUCUUGGAAGAAAGGUUGUAAAGCAAAAUUUUGUAGUACAUGAGAGCUAUUAGAACUCUGUAGUCAUCUUUGCUCAUCAAGUCAUCUUUUGCUUGAAAUGUUGGCAUUAUGUUGUCCAUUAACUAAUUAUUGUGAAUAAAUAGUUUGAGAAUCCCAAGUAUUAUGUUAGGAUUGGUUAGUAUCAACUCCAAAUUCUAAGCAUGCCUAAGUUUAAUUUAAACUUAAUAUUAGUUGGUUUAUUAACAAAUUCAAGUUAAUCAAGCAUUGGGUUAUUAUUGAAAAGAUGACAUAGACAAGUCAUGGAAAUUGAUUCUGUGUGAAAACCCCAAAACUAGAACUACCCCACACAUAGGCCAAACCGGAAGGAAAUCCAAGGCUCAUGACCUCAGCAGCAAAAGUUCUGGCCUUUACUGCUGAUAAGUAGUUUCGGCUGUGUUCCUCCUCUGUUUGCCUGCUACAGUUAAUUUGCUUAGUCUGUUUUUACCAUCUGUUUGUAAACCUCAGGAAACUACAGCUUUCUCAUAGGAUGAGUUUGUCUUGUGGCUGUGAUAACUGACUGCCUCAUGGCGUCUUUCUCUAUAUUCAAUUUGAUUCCAAAGAUUGUAUAGCCCACAAAAUACAUUUUUUAAUUUUGAUAAUGUUAAAACAAUUAGUGGUAUUUCAGAGCUGAGAUAAGUACAAGGUCAGAAAAGUUUUGAACUUUAUGACUUAAAUUGCCACUUGGAGGUCAAUGUAAAGCAAUGCUUUGCGAUACAAGAACGCUUUCAUUGUGUUAGUCUAAGGGUUGUUAAGUUGGUGUGUGCAUCAUCUAGGAUUUACCAGCCUUGGAAAUUUCUUUUUAGAAUAAUAUUUCAACUACUCUUUUUUCAGGUUUUAUUAUAUUUUUGAUAUAUAUUUAAUUUAUCAUGCAUUGUUACAAAUUACCAUAAAUUCUAUGAGGAAAACCACAGGAAAUAAUACAAAAUAAUGCUUGAUAUAUUUAAAGACUAGUAUUUUUAACUAGAAUGAUUGCUUACAUUUAAUCUAUGCCCUGAAUGAAAUGCAUAUGAGAAAACAGUUUUUAUCAUUCAAUGACCAUUGUUAUAAAUUCAGGCUUUCCCCUUGUAAAAGUGUAUUUCUACAUUAUAUAUGUAUUUAACCCAAAUUUUGACCCAUAAAAAUAAAUUGUUUAGUAAAUAGUAAAACAUGUUCUUGUCAAAAAUCCAUCCUAAUGUAAUUACCAGUUUAUUAUCCUGAUGAGCAUGAAGCUCCACUGUAACUUGAAAAUAAAAUGCAUUUAAUACAAUUAAUUUUCUGAAUUUUGUAGCUUAGCAAGAGUAUUCACCUUUGUGAUACUGUAACUGGCAGAAGAGCUGUGGCUUACUGUUAAUGCCCAGCAUUCCAAGAAACUAUCAAACCACAUAGUGCUAGCUCAAGAAAAGACAACAAUUCUAACAUUCAAGGACAGUAUCACUUCCACACCAUUAUAAGUUGAGGAGGCUGUCUGUACAGAGUGUAAAUUUUCUUAAAUUUUCUUAGAAUAACUAGCCUACUUAGUGUAUAAUGUCUUUUUAAAUGAUAAUAAGAUUGUAUACAUUUCUAAGCUUAUACUUUGUGUUUAUAUUAAAGCUUUUUUAUUUUUUUUAACUGUUUGAACACAUCAGAGAACAGAAAUAGCUGGAAUGCUAUCUUAAACCAAAAAUCUAUUUAAAUGCUUAUUUAAUGCUGCUUAAAUGAAGAAAGAUAUAUAAAACAUCCAAAACUCCACCUGGUAACUAUCCUGUUGAGACACUGGUCAGUAUGUCACUCAAUCCAAGUCGACCUUCUUCAUCAGAGGUAAGAAAACCAUACCUAUCACUGGUUUUGAAAAAAAACAAAAGCUGUGAAUGACAUAAAAUAUUAAAUGCUGAUUCUACUAGGACCCCAACUUCCCAUAUCACAUUAUCAAAUUAUAUGAUUAUGCUACUUACAUCUGUAACUCACUCCUCUGUUAUGACGUGCAAUGAAUUGAUCUUACCACCCUUUUUACUGUUUUUAAACUGAUGAUGCCCAGACUCAGCUUAACUUUAUAGGGCAUAGGAUCACUCUGGCUCAUGCUUCUGACCACUUGUCAUCUCUUGCUUUGUUGUACUUCUUUGAUAAACAAAACCCUAAUGUGUUGAAUGAGAUUUCUGUCUUGCCCAGUCCCGUAGCCAUUCAAUUCCAAAGAAACACACAGAGGUCUACAUAAAUCAUAAACUGGUUGGCCUGUUAGCUCAGGCUUCUUCUUUCAUUAACCCAUAAUUCUUGUCUGUGUCAGCCACAUGUCUUGGUACCUUUUAUCAGUGAGGCAUUCUCAUCUUGCUUCCUCUGCGUCUGGGUUACUAUUGCAGACUGAACCUUUCCUCUUCCCAGAAUUCUCCUGUUCUGAUCACUCUGCCUAUUCUUCCUGCCUGGCUACUGGCCAAUCAGCAGUUUAUUAAACCAAUACAACUGACAAAUCUUUACAGAGUAUAGGACCAUUGUCCCACAGCACUAAUGAAUACAUUUCCUCCCCAUUCUUCCCUGAAGACUUGAGGAAGAAUAUGUAAGACCAUUUCACUUUAAAUCCCUGACCAUGAGUCUGAAGUGGAAUCUUUCACUGGAAGGCAUUCAUGCUGUGUGUCACUCAUUGACUUAAUGUAUAAGUUUUUUUUUUAACCUCCUUAAGCUGCUAAGAAUUUCUUGAUCUUUCUUGAUCUAAUCCAAUCAUAUUUCCACUUUUCACAAACCUGCUCUUGAAUUAAAUUUACCUCUUCAUCAUGAAAUUUAUUAGCUAAUUCUUCUAAACAUACUUGAUCUGAUUGAGUACAAAAGCUGACACCAUUGCUUCUCUUCCUUGAUAGAAUUCCUUCACAUUGCUUUCGUUUUGUUUUGUUUUGUUUUUAGAGACAGGGUUCCUUUGUGUACCCUUGGUUGUCAUGGAACUAGCCCUGCAGACCAGGGUGACCUCGAACUCACAAAGAUCUGCCUGAAUCUGCCAUCUAAGUGCUGGGAUUAAAGGUGUGCACCGCCACCAUCCAGCUCCCAUUGCUUCUUGAAUAAAUAUUAUCUUGGAUUUAUUUUUCCUGUCCAUGGUUGUGCAUUCUAUCUUCUUUGUUGGAUCUUCCUCUUCCAAUAUCUCAGUAGUGUAUUAUUCUCUCUGCUCUUGAUGGGUGAUAGUCUCAUUUAGCCUAAUAAAUCUUCAUGCCAACUUUAUACAGGUUUCAUGUGUAUCUCCAUCUUUGUCCUCCUGUACAAACUCCAGAUCAUAUANAUAUAUUCAGCUAUUUGACAUUGAUGUUUGGAUGAUCAAUAAGCAUCUAACAGCAUAUCUGAAGCUGAUUCUUAACCCUGUCCCAGAAACUUCUGCUGCUUGCCCCUUUUCUCCGAUGAUGGCAAAUCUGUUUAUUUUCUCACUGAUGCAAAUGUUUUUAGCUCAUACUUGAUUAUUCUUGCACACUUGACUUUUCUUGACUUCUAAUGCUGGGAUCAUAGGUGUGCCCUACCGUACCUAGCUUCUAAUAUGUGAAUCUUGAUUGCAUUCUUGACUAAAAAUCAUUGAGGAAAAUUUCACAAUUUAUACACUGAAUAUAGAUCACAUGCUAGUUGAUAUUAAUGACUAAAUGUUUAAUGUGAAAAUAGAAAUAUUAGAGAAGGCCUUUUUGACAGAUAAUGUAUCCCAAAAUAUUUAGGGAUAUUUUGAUAUAAAAUCAUGGCAUCAAUUUUACUUUAUUCUGUCAAGAAAGACAAGAGAGUGCCAGACAUGGUGGUGAAUGCUGGUAAUCCCAACACUUGGGAGACAGAGGCAGGAGGACCAAGAGUUAAAUUCUCUCUUGACCUAUACAGAGAAUUCAUGGAUAGCAUAGGCUAUAAAAGAUCCUUUCUUAAAAAUGGAAAGAGACAUAGCAGAAUGUUAAAACUUUUGUGAAAAUUGUAGAUAUUUAAACAUUCAUAAUUUUGUAUAUAUAUAUAUUUUUUUUCGAGACAGGGUUUCUCUGUGGUUUUGGAGCCUGUCCUGGAACUAGCUCUUGUAGACCAGGCUGGUCUGGAACCCACAGAGAUCCGCCUGCCUCUGCCUCCCAAGUGCUGGGAUUAAAGGCGUGCGCCACCACCGCCUGGCUGUAUAUAUAUUUCAUACAAAAGAAAAAUAAUGAAGUGUGUCACGUCUUCAACUUGUAUUAAAAUUGCAUUCCCUUCCUCCUUCAAGGCUCUACUUUGCUACCCUUUUAUCACCUGUUUGCUUUAUUCCUCUUCAAGUUUGUUUCCACUUUGAGGUCUUUGUUUUAGCUCUUCCUAGAACUCUGUCUCUAGGUGUUCACUUGACUGUUGCAGUUUUUCCCUUAAGUCUUUAUUCAGACUUCAUUCCACAUCUGCAACACUAACUGUUCUAUUUAAAACUCAGUUUCUCCAUGUCUUUCUCUUCCCAUUUUCCUAAAUCUGAUCUCAUUAUAUUUCCUAGUAAAUAAUCCUAUCUAAGAGAGUCUGUAACCUGUUUUAUGCUUCUUAACGAAGAGUAUCUAGUAUCACAUGGGCCCAAGAGUAGUCGGCAAAUGAGGCACCUUGUCUGGGUACAGAAUUUAAGGGAAUAGCAAAGUGUGUGUGUGCGCGCGCACGUGUGUGCACAUGCAUGCGUGCAUAUGUACCAUGAGCUCUCAGAGCCAAGAGGGUAAAAAUUGGACCACUUAAAACAGGAAUUACAGGCAGUGUGGAUGCUGAGAACCAAACUUGGAUCCUUGAGCAAGUGCACUUAACUGCAGUCCUGUCUCUCUAGCUCCUUAUUCAAACUUUUACAGUUCCCAUUUAUUUACUGUUGCAGUGAAGAGUAUAAUUCGUUAAGUCCUUUGAAUUUUAAUGUACAGUGAAUAUCAACUUUUCCUAAAGAGACCCUGCUAUUAUUAUUGUUUUUGUUGUAGUAAUCUAAAUAUUUUAAAUGGGAUACUGAUUUGAGACAUAAAAUAUGUCAUUAAGUUUUUCUUUCUUUAAUAGUUUGGUACAAGCAUAAACAGGCUAAGCUAACAGUUAAGCCCCAUAUCAAGAAUAGAUUCUUCCUAGAACUGUAGGGAGCAAAUAAACUUCCCAAACCACAGUAUUAGCUUUUAGGCUGCCACUGGGAAGCUACACUCCCCAAAACUGUAUAAAGGCAGACAACAUACAAAGGAUAAGGAUUCCACGAAGUCACGUUAAAGGAGUUGAGAAUGUAGGGUGGAGGUGAGGGGUAAAAGUUUGCAAUAAGAAAACACCAUCUCCAUUUCUGGUUUAUGAUCGGGGUUUGGGGAAAAGGCCAUGAAGUGGGAAAAAAGAAACCUCUGAAGAUGUCGGCCAAGAGAUGGAUGAGGAAGACCAGGCUCUGAAGCAGAGUCAAAGAGGAAGAAACUUGAGGAGCUAAAAGUCAAGGCUCCUGGGAAGGGCUCUUGACUAGAGAUGAAAUUAAGAAGUCUGGCAAAAGUAAGCUAUCCGUGUACCAAACAUCUAGAUUCCUUGCCAUAACAUCCUUUGCCACUUAAAGCCACUUAAAGAAUGAAGUGUUAUCCUGGAGCCUGUUGUACAUUGUAAUAAACUUGUGAAAAGGAAGGAAGGGAAGGAGGAAGGAAGGACGAAAGAAAGGAAAACAUACUAUCCAAUAUUGUUACUGAAUGCCACAAGAAGAAUGUCAUUUAUCAAAGUGUUGAGUAAGGUGUGAACCAACAGGUAUCAUCAUUUCAAAGGAAAAUGUACACCAAGUGUCAAAUGGUCAACUUAACAAAUUUUUGUUUUGUCACUUGUUCAGAUGAGUAAAUACAUUCUAUAUUUCAAUUGUGUUUAUCUAAUUUAAAAAUUUAUGUUAAUAAGUUGGUUGUUUCUCUAUUUCAGAAAAUUUUUAACUGAUAUCUUUCUUCUUCAGCUGGUGGAACUUCAUGUUUUUUAUGUCCCUGAAGGAUCGUGGAACUAUAAAUUAAAUACUAUUUCAAUAGAAGUUAUUAACAACUUUAUUUCUGCUGGAUUUAUAAGAGUAUCUCCUGAACUUACUUUACAAGCUCUGAGGGAGCGCCUUGGUGAGUUUCUCGGUGUAGAUGCUGUUGCAGAAAAAUUUUUAUUUCUGAAAUGCAUUGGAAAUAAUUUAGCUGUGGUGAAGGAAAGGCAAGAAUCAGAACUGAAACUCAAAGCAUUUGCUCCUCCAUAUGCUCUUCAGCCAGAAUUAUAUUUGCUUCCUGUAAUAGACCACUUAGGAAAUGUUUAUUCAGCAUCUUCACCAGUUACUUUAGAUGAACGUCAGAGUAAUAAUGAUACCACAGAGAUUAAUGGAAUAAUUCACAGACCAGAUAGUAUAACUUUAUCAAAGGAUGAACCUGGAGAUCCAACUUUGUUGGAAAAUAUUUGGAAAGACUUUACAAAUCAAGAAGAAGCUGAGGAAAGCCAGACUACACAAAACCCCCAUGGAAGUUCUGAGGUGCCAGGAUCAUUGGAAGAGUCAAAUGAUUGUUUGGGGAACCUAAAAAGUCCAUAUCUUUGGAAAGAUGGUGAUGAUAAUACAGCUAUCAAUAGAUGGCAGGCCAAACCGGUGCGUGACAAGGGGCACGUCACCCUACCAGAUCUUAUUGAUUUCCCUUCAUUUCCUCCUCAGCGAGUUUCUUCAAGAUUAACAGAGCCCUCUUUGUUAAAAAUCGAGAGAGAGAAGAUUAUUGAACAAAUGAAACAAGUAAAGGAAGAAAGAAAAUAUCUGGAAAAUAUUAGAGAAGAACUAUUAAAAAAAGUUGAAAAGCUAUUUGAACAAAAUAAAUCAAAACGAUAUCAUGUCUGUGACAGCUGGAAGAAAAAAUACUUGGACACCAAGAAAGUCACAGCAUCACUGGAGGAAGUUUUAACAAAACUUCGAGAAGAUUUGGAACUUUACUAUAAAAAACUCCUCAUGCAGCUUGAAGCCAGGGAGAUCAAGAUGCGACCAAGGAAUCUGGCAAAUAUCUCAGAUUCAAAGAAUUAUCUUAUAAUCCAGAUCACUGAAGUACAGCAUGCAAUUGACCAACUUAAGAGAAAACUGGAUACUGAUAAAAUGAAACUCAUAUUAGAAGUUAAGAUGAGGAAACAAGCAGUUUCAGAUUUACAGACACUGAAAGCUGAACUGACACAGAAGAAAAUGGGCACAUCCUUCCGACCACCAAUACUUUCUGGAAGUGUGCCAACUUAGGAAUUUGACAGAUGAAGACUGUGCUAAAUCAGCCAGAAGAACAGGUAAUAGCAGUGAAGGAGGAAAGUGCCAUCUGCCUAGGUCUUACAGAAUCGAUUCUAAAAGGCUGCUGGAGGGGACUACCUGGAUGACUUAGCACAGAACUGAUCAAGAACAAUGAACUAGAUUGUGGUCUUGUACCCUGUACCACUGUCUCUCAAGAAACACAUGGGUUAUUUAAAAAUAAAUGAAAGGACCAGAUGUAGGCAAAAGAACAAAUGAAGGAGGAAAAUGUAUUAGGAGAAAAAAACAGAACUAUAGUGAAAAAUAUGUUUUAUAUGCAUGAAGAAACCACUUAAAGGCAAUUCUGAAUGAAUGACAGUAAUGUUUUUAUCUGUGGUGGCACUCUUGGAAUUAGUUUUUUGAUUAGUCUACUUUGAAGAACAAUAGUAAUUUCAUAAGCAAUUAGGCUGUGGUACAUUACAGUUUAGUGAACUCAUUCAAAAAGGCAUAUCUGAUUCUUCAUUCUUUACACUUUGUGGAUUGAUUGGUUUAAGCAUGCUUAAAAUAUACAUUCUAGAAUAUUGAGACGAAGCUGCUACUGCUGAACCGAAUGAAAAAGCUGAAUGAUUCUUUUCAGACACAACAGAAACUUGAUUGUACUGUGAUUGAAAAUGAGGAACAUAGUCAUAAGAAUAGACUGUUGCUUAAAGUGCCAUCAGAUGGCCUCCAAAGGCUCCCCAAAAUGUUUCAUGAAUUAUUUGACAUCAACUAGUAUGUUCUGGAUAGUGGUUACCAACACACACAGUCAGAUGAAAGGAAUAGCUCAUGAGUAAGAAGUUAGAGCUUUAGACAUAAAGAAAUCAAAGGAAAAAUGCUGUCCACCUUGAUUUUAUCAUUGGAUGCUGUGUAUUGCAUUGAAAACCACUCUACAUCCCAUUGAUAUAUAUGCAACUAAUGCAUGUGAAUAAAAAUAUUUUAAAGUA